AAUCGAAAGAAAGGAUGGGCAGACCCUCCAUCCUCUCACCAGAGGAGGAGGGGGCCCUCGUGGUCUAUGCCAAGUAUCUGGCAGAGAAGGGGUUUCCCCCUACAGUCAGGGUGAUCAAAGCCCUUGCUUUUGAAGUGGAGAAGAAACGUGCCAAAGGAAGGGGAGAAGAACCUCGCUUCAAGGACUCCGGCCCCGGGAAGAGAUGGUGGAAGGGAUUUAAAGGCCGCCAUCCCGACCUCAGCUUAAGGUCACCAGAUCAACUCGACAAGGAAAGAGCGGCCUUUUCCACAGCCGGCGUAGUCUUUGAACACUUCGAACGACUGGAGCAAAUUCUGACGGAUGCAAAAGCCAAGGACAAAAGACCGCAUGUUAUCUACAAUGCAGACGAAACUGGCAUGGAUUUGUCGGCUAAAGUGUCCAAGGUCAUUGUUCCCAAGGGCUGGAAGAGAUCUCCGUCACGACGAGUCGGUGGCCGUGACCAUGUGUCGGCACUUGUGUGCAUCUCAGCGGCAGGGCAGACAGUGCCACCCAUGAUCAUAUAUAAUAAAGCGUUUCCGGGGGGGAAAUACACUGAGGGCGGACCUGCUAACGCAUUGUACGCUUACUCCGACUCAGGUUUCAUUGAUGAUGAGCUGUUCGAGAGAUGGUUCAAGCUAUCUUUUCUCAAGCACUGCACAAGCGACAGGCCGGUAAUCCUUAUCCUGGAUCAGCACUACAGUCAUAUCACGCUUAGAGUGCUAGAGGAUGCAAUUCAAAACGACGUUAUAAUCUUAGGUCUCCCCCCUCACACGACCCACUUCCUCCAGCCCCUUGAUGUGAGUGUGUUCGCGCCACUCAAGAAGAAGUGGGCAAUGACCCUGGAAGUGAUGCAGGCAGCGAACACCUCGUUUCAUGUUACAAAACGGAACUUUGCUAACAUAUUUAGUUCAGUUUAUGACAACGCCAUCAAUCCUGCCAUCAUCAAGACAUCGUUUGCAAAAACGGGAAUUUAUCCAUUUAAUGACGAGGCCGUCGAUGACAAAUGGAUCCGAAUGUCUGCAGCGGAGUUGGGGGAGUCAACUUCCACCACGGCGACUCCAACUGCCGCGUCAUCCACCACGGCAACUCCAACUGCCACGGCCACGUCGUCCACUACGGAAACUCCAACUGCCACGGCCACGUCGUCCACCACGGAAACUCCAACUGCCACGUCGUCUACCACGGCGACUCCUUCCGCGAUGACUCCAACUGCCGCUUCUUCUUCUCAACAGGACAGAACACCUGCCAGUGCUUCCAAUACUGCUUGCCCAACAUGUAAUGCGGCAUGUACAGUUUGUAACCCGCUGCAAAGUCCGUUGAUUCAAACUCUCAUCCCACCGGAACUGCAUGAUAUCCUCAUCCCAAUACCACCAGCAAAAAAGUCAUCACGCUGCAAUCUCAACAGACGACUGACUGGUAGAGUGUUAACGCACUCUGAAGUAAUGGAAGAGAUGCGGUUGAAAGAGAAAGAAAAGAAAGAAAAGGAAGAAAAGAAAGAACGAAGGAAAGAAGAGAUGAAGAAGAAACGCGAGGAGAAGGAGCAGAAAGAGUUGGAAAAGAGGCUGCAGAAAGAAAAGAAACAAGCCGAGAGUGUAAAGAAGUUGGCAGAAAAGGAAGAGAGAAAACGAAAGAGACAGGAGCUUGCGGAGGCAAGGAAGAAACAACGCAUAGAAGGGAAAGAAAACCAGCGCCCUACUAGGCCACGAGACGUAAGAGAAGGUUCCAGUCGUAGCCGUCCCGUGAAGCCGCCGUCGUGGUAUGCAGAAUACGAAAUGGGCCAGGGAGAAGAUGAAGAAGCAGAGUAAAGAAGAUUCUAGUGUACCCUUAAAUCCACACGAUUGAUAGCGUUCCUCUUACGCCUAUGAUCGGUUUACAGAAUUGAAAACUUCAAUUUUUGGAGUAAAGAUUUUGCUGUUUGUAGACCGUAUUCGCUUGUUCAGUAGGACUGCAACUUCUGCAAGGUCGUCAGAAUUCAGUACGGGGAGUUUUGAUCUUCUGUAUUAAGGUCUGUAACAGUUCCAAGUUCUUAUCUCAGCUAUGAUAGAAAUUUAAGAUGAACAAGUUCACAAUGUUCGUAUGUGCACGGAUCUAUACAUGGAACCGUUUCCGCCUUUCACCGUAAACGUGUAACGUUACAUCCUAUCACUACCAGUGCCCUCAGUGCGGCGAAAACUGUUAUUAUCGUAUCGUUUAGCUAUCUAUUUCAUUACAUCGAAAAAUGUUUAAGAUAUACCUGUUAACAAAAGUUUGUAUUAAUGUUCUUCCACUACGAGCAAAAUACUGAGACGUUUGGGCGUAACGGUAGGUUUCAGGCGUAAGAUUCUGCAGGUCAAAUAAACAGACUGUCAGAUAUACUGUUUCCGUAGACUCACACUAGUGCGAGUGUUCAGUGCUUUAUUUCUUCGGUAAAUAUCAUUAUAGGGCUGUUUUUUCAGACGUUAGCCUAAAAAGAAAAGAAAAGACAAAAGGCAGACCACAAUUGUGGCGGCGUGUGUGUCAUGCUAAAACUAGUAACAAAAUUUCCUAAAGCCGUCUCUUGACAGUCAGCAAUAUUACGUGCUAGAAGAUAAAAACAUCAAGUACCAUAAUUGCAAACUGUCGUUGUUGAUCAAGAAGAUCGUUACGUACCUGGGACAUCCUCAUCUUCAGACCUGACAAACGUGCUCACUUGACGUUUCUGUCACAGUCAAAUAGUCAGUCGCAAGGAUGGGAAAAUGACUAGUCGGCUGGACGAUGACAAUAUGUACACACGAACUACUAUUUAUCUACCCCUUUUUUAUUCAUUUACUCACCUUAGUUUAUCUCUUUAAUUUUUGAAAUGUCAUAUAUUAUUAAGUUUUUAUGCACCGUCAGGAGUUGAAACAAUAUGCAACAUCAACGAAUGAAUUACUCUUACUCUAGUCCCCUUUUUAAAAAAAUGUAAAUGUCCCGAGCCACUUGUAAACAUGCCUUGACGAUACCAAUCGUCUCGGUGCAGGUGUAGCACGCGGGAUACAACAAACGUUUGAAAGCGAUUAAAGGUUGUCAGUAACUAAAGCUAAAUGAUUCUUCCUACAUUGCGUAUCUAAGACACAUAACAUUUAUUUAUUCCUGCAACAAACAUCUGAGCCAUGGCUGAGACAAUAGUGGCAACCGUACCACCCCCAUCGCAGUGCUGUUUGCUCUUGGUAUAGGCCGAUGACCCGUGUUAUCACCUUACAGUUUCCGCCGGGUCAGCAGUUUGCAUGGAAUUUUACAAACUGUAGUCCACUCAUCAUAGUUACUCACUUUGUUAUAGCUGUAGCAGGCCCGAAAGAGAUCGACCCAAAGGCAAGGUUAUUGGAACAUAAGAACAGAUCUGCCGCAGGCCCACAGGACGAUGUUUUUCAUGACUUUAUUUUGAUCGCAGCUAUCGUGAGUGUAUCGGCGUAAUGAAACAAAUGGACCAUGUAUGUAAAUUUCGGAACAGUGUAGUAAUGUUUUGUGUUAUUUUGCGCACAUGGGAUAAUCAAACGUAGCCAGAAAUGACUUCUUAGUUACAUUACCGGAGUUUGGACCCCCUUUUUGUGCUGGAACGUUCCACUGGAACGCGAGCCAAAAACCUUCCGUAAGUUUUGUGUGUGGCCAAACCACAGUGCGGAACGCUACCGUUAGAUGAAAUAUAUGUCUGUACAGCUUAAGCCAUAGUUAUAUAGCUGUUAGAAGAUGUAAGUUUGUUUUUGAUGGGUUCAAGGUAAAAUUGACAAGGACAAAAGCCAUGCGCAUUCACUUAGAACAGUUAC